UUGAUUCUCUAUAAAAUGUUUAACAACACUGUCAACGUUUUUCGUUUCCAUCCAACGAGAUACAAGAAAUAGAUUUUGUUGAAAUUUUGCAUUAAUUUUGCAUAAGUAGGUACUACUUAGGUAUUGAAAGGUGUACAUGCUAGAAAAUAUAAUAUUUUACAAAAAGUAAUACAGAUAAGAUUCAGUUCUUUGGUUUAGUCGUUUAUAUCGGAAUUCUUUAAAUUGCAAGUUGUUAAGUCAAUUUUACAACACAUUGAUUUGGUUCACUGGAAAAUUUCUUCAACAGUUAACUGCGUGUAAUAUGCAGUCAUCCGCUCUAAAUUUUAUAACUUCAUAAAACCGACAGCGCAGUGUUGCAUACUUCAGUAGCCUAUAAGCAGAAGUCAAGUAAUUACUUUUAUAUUCUAACAAUAGAAAACUUCUUUAAAAUGAUUAUUAAGGUAAAGUCACUUGUGUUAGAUAUAAACGUUUUUUUAAGAAUGAAAAGUGUUAUUAUACAUAUCUUGGUUUAUAUUUCCAAUUAGGUGAUUGUAAUUAUGUCAGCGAUUGGCCUUUUGAUGGUUCGUGGUGAGAACGAAGAAUCUCGGUUGAUAUCAAAGCAAGUGCCUUCAAACAAUUCUAAGGAAGUGACAUCUGAUGAAGAUCUCGACCGCGCUUUCACCAUCUGGCGCCACUGGAAGCCGGAGAGACUUUUGAAAUUGGGUCGACUUCUUAGUGAGUUAACACGCUCUCCUGAUUCUGAUUCACUUGAGAGCAUGAUUGACAAACACGCUUCUAUUAGAGAACGGCACAGUCAACAAAGACAUAAACUAAAAAAUAAAGUAAAAAUCCUGUUUAAAGUACAUCAGUUUGAAACUUAAUCAGUGUUUUUAUUUGAUAGCCUAGCCUCUGAGUUCCUUUAAGUUUUUUGCGCCACACUUCUUUACAUCUAAAAAAAGUUAAGAAUAAAAACUAAAAGUUGUAUUAAUGAUACUAGUUGAUAGAAAUAAAGUUUUUGACCUUUACCUAUUUAAGAAUACAAACGUGUCCUUAUCCAUCCUAAAAGCUAUCUAGGACCGGAUUGCCAUCACAAAGCAUGUUCGAGACCAUACUCUUACUAAAUUUUAACCCUAAAUAAAUUUCAUUAUCAUAUUCAUAAUUUGUGGCAAGUAUGGAUUUAUAAAAUAAGGGUAUAAAUUUUCUUUAUUUAUGUUAUAAAAAAAUAUUAUUGAAAUUCGACAAUCUCAGGGCCCCGAGAACAUGUCGCUGGCUAAACUUUGAUUAUUUGAGUUAAUUAAAAAAAAUAUUUGCCUUACAAUUUUUAUCAACUCUCCACGAAGCCUGUAAAGACCUCAAAAAGCUUCUAUUCUUCGGGUGUUAGCUGG